GUCUUUUUAAAAGCAUCUAAAUUUGAAGAAAGAAAUAAUGAGUCAAAAACUAACUCCAUGAACCAAGGAGAAAAACACUCUCCGUCUAAUCCAAACCAUAACCAAAUAGGCUUAUAUUUACAAAUUCCACUUCUGGCACCAAAAUUUGCAGAAGAAUAAACACAACUUUUCAUUGUCUUUGAAGAGAACAUAAGCCAUGGAUUCUUUAAGAGGCCAAGGUGGGAUUCAGAUGCUUUUAACUGCUGAACAAGAAGCCGGACGGAUUGUUUCAGCUGCGAGGACCGCAAAACUAGCAAGAAUGAAGCAAGCGAAAGAUGAGGCUGAGAAGGAGAUGGAAGAAUACAGAUCCCGAUUAGAAGAAGAGUAUCAAACUCAAGUUUCUGGGACGGAUCAAGAAGCAGAUGCAAAACGUUUAGAUGAUGAGACAGAUGUCAGGAUUACGAACCUUAAGGAAUCUAGUUCAAAGGUCUCCAAGGAUAUUGUCAAGAUGCUCAUCAAGUAUGUCACCACUACUGCAGCAUGAUUCUCACUACACCGCCCCCAUCGUAUCUUAUUCUCCUGAUAAUAAAACUGUUAUGAUUCUUCAGCUCUAGUUUUUUGGUCCGCGAUUUCUAAUAGAGCCAAAUACAUAGUCCAUUGGUAGAGAAACUCAUAAAUAUAUGGAAACUAAAACAAACAUUAGAUGAAAGUAUCAUUGUAAAAAAAAGAGGAGGGGAUCGAAAACGAAACUAAGUACACAAGUGAUGAAUUUUAAACAUAAGUACAAAAGAGAACAUGCAUGCAUGAUAAAUGCAAUGUUUGGUAAAUUUGUAUCAUAUUCGUACUCUUGAGCAUUAUGUGGACAUUCGUAAACAAACUGUUAACUUGUUAAUGACAUUCACUAAGAUAAAUAAAU